AUGGCGAAAGCAAUUUGGAAGCGAGCAGGAAGGCAACGCAUCGGGCUUGCCGAGGCUCCUCGCGACGGGGCAGCAGCGGACUCUGCCGCCGAGGCUCGUCGCGCUGGCGCGGCGGGAAGCGCGCCGGCGGCGGCAAAUGUCGCUUCUACACUCACCCAAGGCGCGCAAGUAACAACAUCGACGGACUUGGAAUGUAACCCGCUGUCACUCGCGCCAGCAUUCCCGGCAACCACAGCCGCGGAGGCGGCGGCGGCGUGGAAUGCGGCUUCGGUGGAGGCGAUGGCGGCGGCGACAUGGGAUGGUGGCAGCGGGACGUCGCAAUCUGGUUCGCACGACGGCGCCGCCGGCAACAACAGCUACUACUACGACCGCGAUGAUGAUGGCGGCGAGAGCUCGAUCACGGACGGCGAUUCGGACUCGCCGCAUGAGUCCAUGGUGUCGAAUGGCUCCAUGCACGACGAGGACGAUGAUGACGAUUUGCUACUGUCGGAUGACGAGGAGGAUAGUAGCGGGGCUGGCAGGGGCUGCUUUAAGUCCGGUUGCAUGCCGGCGACUCGUCGAACGGCGUCUGCGACGAUCAAACUGCGUGAAAGGGUGCGUCGCACUGCCAGUGCGACGAUCGCCUCCGGAAAGCCAGUCGCUGCAAGUGGUCGUCAUGGCGCCGCCGCAAAGUCGGGCGGAGGCGGCGCUGCGGCGCCGACGUCGGAUCGCGAGCCGCUGGUGGCCUUGGAGAAGCGGCGGAAGAGCGGGCGGUCGGUGACGUUAAUGCGACGGAUUAUCACCAGCGUGCGCAAAAGCGAGUACACCGUUGACUUGGAGGUGGAGAAUGAUGGCGAUGCGGCGGAACUGCGGGGCCGCGACGGCGCGGCGCGCGGAGGGAAGCAGCGCCGUUUUCAGUUGAGUCCCGCGUGGAGGCCGCUGUUCGUCGUCGUGUGGACGGUUGUGACUCUAGCGGUGGCAGCUGGCGUGUUCGUGGCGACGUAUAACUCGUUUGAGCACGAGCGACAGGAGGAGGUGGAGAUGGAGUGCGAGGCGUGGCGCGUGCUACUGGAGGAGCAUUUCAUGGACACCACCAAUCAGAUCCGCCUGCUCGCCAAUCUCGUCUCCACCUUCCACUUUCGAAAGCCCAAGGGCACGCUCGACCGGCGCACCUUCCUGUCGUUUCUGAACGAGACGACGUACGCGGACGGCGCGGCGUGCGCGCCACAGAGCACCGAGUACGCGCCCAUUAUCUACACCACGUCCGCGCAGCUCCCCGCCGGUCAAGACCUCAUGUUGUCUGCCGACGCGACGGGCAUGAGCGCAGUGGAGCAUGCGCGGGACAACGGCACCAUGGGCGCGCUCACGGCGCCGCUGCGCCGCGCCAAUCCCGACGCCACCGCGGACGAAGCGGCUGCGGCGGCGGCGGCGGAGGAGGCGGUGGAGCGCGAAAACCACUGGGUGGAAGCGUGGGGGAGCGCGGCGGACGGCACGGCGCUGGUCCGUGUGUACCCCGUGUACAAGGAGGGGCGCGCGCCGCCGGGGGAGGAGAGGGCGAACGUGACGGCUAUGAGGAGCGCGUGUCGCGGAUACAUGUCCGCGCUUGUGGACUUCACAUCACUUGUACAGGUGCGGAUCUUAGAGGGGACGGUGGGCCUGCAGAGGCUUGGGGGAGGCGGGGGCGGGGAGGGGGAGUACAGGGGGGGACGAAGGGGAGGGAGAGUGAUAGCUUUGGACCGGAAUGGAUCCAUGCACAAGGGCCAUUCGCGCAUGUUCGUGCGCAUCUACGACGUCACGCGCACGCGCGCCACCCCAGGCAGCGCCGCUGACCCGCGGCGCUACCAGCGCACAGCCAACACCAGCAGCGGCCGCAUCGCCACAGUCGAAACCAGCAGCCCCAGCAGCAGCAGCCCCAGCAACGCGUUUAGCUCGAGCAGCGGCGGCAGUGGGCACAUGGAGGAUCUGGAGGAGCUCAUGUACGAUCCCGUGGAUCACCGCCUCGCGCCCGGCGAAACGGAUAACUACAACAUUAUUGCUGCGCUUGACCUAGGGGACCCGUCCCGGCAGCACGAGAUGCGCUGCAGAUCUCUUGACCGUGUUGACCAUGUUGACCGUGUUGACCAAUCUCAGUCAGUCCCCAGCUUCCAUCACAACAUCUCCUCCCUUCCCACCCCUUACUAUGCCCCUUUCCAUGCCCCUUUCCAUGCCCCUUUCCAUGCCCCUUUCCAUGCCCCUUUCCAUGCCCCUUUCCAUGCCCCUUCCCAUGCCCCUUUCCAAUCCCCCACCCACCCCCCUCCAUGCCCCACCAGGUACACCGACUUCUACGUCUUCCCGUUCGCGAGCCUGGGGUGGGCGUUGGUGAUCGUGACAGUGAUGUCCCUCGUGGGGUACAUGUGGUGGGCGGCGGGCGGGCACAUGCAGCGCCUGGAGCGUGACUUCCUGCGCAUGCAGCUGCUCAAGAACAAGAUGAAAGCCGCGCGCAACGUCGCCGAGCGCGCGAGCGUGGCCAAGGGCACCUUCCUGGCCACCAUGUCGCACGAGCUGCGCACGCCCAUGAACGGCGUGAUUGGGAUGCUCAACCUGCUGCUGGAGACGCCGCUCAGCAUCACGCAGCUGGACUAUGCUGCUGCUCUUGCGACUCUUGCUGCUGCUCCUGCUGCUGCUGCUCCUGCUGCUGCUCCUGCUGCUGCUGCUGCUGCUGCUGCUGCUGCUGCUGCUGCUGCUGCUGCUGCUGCUGCUGCUGCUGCUGCUGCUGCUGCUGCUGCUGCUGCUGCUGCUGCUGCUGCUGCUGCUGCUGCUGCUGCUGCUGCUGCUGCUGCUGCUGCUGCUGCUGCUGCUGCUGCUGCUGCUGCACCUCUCUUCGCUGCUGAGGCGAACAAGAUGCCGUUGGAGCGCGUGCCCAUGGACGUGCGCGCGCAGGUGGACACGGUUCUCACUAUGUUCGUGGAGCGCUUCCGCGCCAAGCCCCUGCUCGAGGUCGCCGCCUACAUCGACCCCUGGGUGCCGCCCGCCGUGCUCGGGGACUCCCUGCGCUUCCGCCAGGUGCUGGUGAACCUGCUAUCGAACGCGUUCAAGUUCACGGAGAAGGGCCACAUCUUCAUAGCCGUGCGCACCGCCCUGCCCUCCGAGGACCUCAAGCGUGACUUCCGCACGCGCCACCCCUCGCACUCGCACUCCCACGCACGCACCCCCGCACACAGGCAGGGGCAGGGGGGGGGCGGAGAGGGUGCGAGGGGCGGCGUGGGCAUGGGCGAGAGGGCGGGCAUGACUGGGCGCAGCAGCUGGACUAGCCAGGGCAGCAUGGGGGGGUGCAGCAGCAGAGGUGGUGGGAGCAGGGAGGCGCAGUGGGCGACACUGAGUGGGAUGGAGGCAGUACGGAGCUGCAACAGCUGGGAUGUGCUGGCCAGCCGCCAGCAGCGGUGGAGGGAGGGUGGGGGGGAAGGGGAGUGCGGAGUGAGCGAGGAGGGGACGGGGGAGGAGCAACCGGGGGUGAAGGGAGAGAAGGAGGGUGCGGGGAAGGAGUGCGUGAUUGAUGUGGGUGGCGAUGGUGCAGCUGCUGAUGCUGCGACUGCUGGGAGUGUCGAUGGCGAGCCUGUGUUGAGCGGGCCCACCGUGCGACUGGUGAUCACCGUGGAGGACACGGGCGAGGGCAUCCCCAAGGCAGCGCAGAAGAGCAUCCUGAAGCCGUUCACGCAGGCGGACGCGAGCACGACGCGCACGCACGGCGGCACGGGCAUCGGGCUGUCCAUCAGCCGCCACCUCGUGGCGCUCAUGGGCGGCAAGCUCGCCUUCUCCUCGCGCCCCGGCGUCGGCACCACCUUCUAUUUUGACAUUCUCGUGCCGCUCGUGGUGGAUUCCUCACAGCAGCAGCCACAGCAGGGAGGGGAGCCCAUGGGGAUUGUGGGUCCCGUAAGUCCCGUGGCUGCCAUGGGUGUGCUUGGUGCAAGGCCUGCCUCUGCCUGCGCACAUGGAAUGCCAGGAGUGGCAUCAGCUGCAGCAGCAGGUGCAGUGGAGGCAAUGCCCUCACUCGCAGCGCAACCGCGCCGCCUUCCACAGCGCCACACCUCCUCCCCAACGCACCACCUCUCGCUCCUCCCUCUUGAAGACGCCUUGGCAUCCCCACGCCUCUCCUCCCCUUGCCGCGCGUGCGUCUCCACCUCGCUCAACACCUCUCCGCGCCUGCUGCCCCCCUCGUCCUCCUCGCCUUGCAAGCCCUCCGCUGCGCGCCAUUAUCGCAACCCGUCCCUUCAGCUGCUGCAUGCGCCACUGAAGGAGCUCCAAGGCAUGCAGGCAGCGCAGCUGCGCUUGCUGCAGUCCACGCCCGUGCACAGACUCACGGCGUCGCCCAUUCACAUGGUGCCCAUGUCCCCUUUGCCUCUCCUGCAGCAUGCCGAGGCUAGCUUGACUCACUUUGACGCUCUCCUGCUUGACGACAAGCCCGUGAGGUUCGGCGUCACGGAGAGCCUGCUCGGCAGGCUCGGUAUCCCGGUUCGGAACGCGCCUCUGCCUCGGGACCUUCAGUGUCUGUUCUCGAGUGCAAGCAGUACACAUGCACCCGUAUCACAGCUCCAGGGUUUACGGCCUGUGAUAGUGGUGGUGGAAGGGGAGUGGCUGGGGCGACUGAAGGAGGCACGGAAGGCAGGCGAGGAGGGCGGUGCGAGCGGAGAUGAGGAUUCAGGAGGGAGAGAUUCGCCUUGCACUCCCCGCAUGGGGGUACCUCUGCAUCCGCAGCAGCGGCAGCGCGAGAGGAGAGAGGGCGACGGUGGCAACAGCAGAGGAGCGCUGUCGUGGCAGCAGGUGGCGGCGAGGCUGUUUCACGAGUCAGCUCUCUCUCCUGCUGCUUCCCACUGCACCUACAUGUACAUGGAGAAGCAGCAGCAGCAGCUCCAGCAGCAACAGUCACCAUGGUUCGCGUCGGUUCUUCUGGAGUGUGGGGCGAUGGGGGAGAGCAGCAACCGGGCAGAUGGGGGCAGGGCGGCGAGCAGAGCAGCGGCGGAGGAGGGGGGGGCGGCAUUCCACGGCACGGUGUGCAAGCCAGUGCGCUUCUCUGCGCUCUCUGCUUGCCUCUCCCAGCUGCUGCUGGGUGCGACGGCGAACCAAGACAGUGGCGACGGGGAGGAGGAGGAAGAGGGGGACGAGGCCGCGGAGGAGGGUACGGGGUUUGUGGUGAGCCUGCAAGGGGGAAAAGCAGGGAAUGGUGGCAGUGCUGGUGCUCGUGGUGGUGAUGAUGAUGGUGAUGGAUGCAGCAAGGGGCGGCGGUCUGAGGGUGACUCUGGUGGCAUUCAAUUGAACAAGGAACUGGGCAGGGGCCGGGAAUCAGGGAGUUUCAGGCAGGCGAGUGAAGGCGGCGCGAGUGAGUUGGGUGGAAAGCAGGCCGUGGGAGGCAGUGCGGCGGGCAGGGGCGGUGUGCAGGUGAAGAAGGGGAAGCAGAGCAAGACGGCGCAGCUGCUGUGUGAGAAGCUGGGUGGACGACACUUCCUCGUGGUGGAUGACAACAUGGUGAACCGCAAGGUGAUGUCCAAGAUGCUUGAGCGCUACGACGUGCACGUGGAGGCCGUGGAUGGUGGCGCCAAGGCCAUCGCCGCCGUCGCUCGCUCCGAUGCUGCCGCCACUCCGUACAACUGUGUCUUCAUGGACUUGCAGAUGCCGGGAAUGGAUGGGCUGGAGGCCACAGGGCUCAUUCGCAAGUAUGAAGCGGAGCAGCAAGCCAAGGCGGCUACUUCACAGCAGGACGCAGCAGCCGCAGGUGCAAAGCGGCGGCUGCUGGUGAUCGCACUGACUGCAGAUGUGGGUGCAGGGACCAAGGAGAAGUGUGUCGGUGCGGGAAUGGAUGGGUACAUGACCAAGCCUAUUGAGGAGGACCAGCUGUCGCGUACGCUGUUGCCAUUCUUUGAUGGUUUGAAAUAA